CCCCCAGCUCUGCUGAGGUUGUUAUGGUGUGGCAGCUGGCAUGAGCCCCCCACACUGACCCCCCUCCCCACCAUAACCCUCGCCAGCUACCAUGCACCAUGACCUCGGGGAUGGAGGCUAUGAAGAAGAAGGUCUACCAUGCGGCCAAGCUCGGCCUGUCCAUCUCCCUCUACGCCCACUUGUCAGUUAAGCCCCAGGACGAGUGUGAUGACCUACUGGGUCAGGUUGUAGAAGAAGAUGGCCAGAAGUGUACCCCGCUUAUAAUAUCCGCUCGCAAUGGUCACGAGAAAGCUGUUCGUACGCUUCUUAAGUUUAAUCCAGAUUUGGAACAAGAGGGAACCGUUAAGUUUGAUGGAUAUGUUAUUGAGGGCGCGAGUCCUUUGUGGUGUGCGGCUGGUGCGGGCCAUUUGGGAGUAGUGAAAAUGUUGGUGCGGGCCGGAGCGAAUGUUAAUCAUCCAACAAAGACUAAUUCAACGCCACUGCGUGCAGCGUGUUUUGAUGGUCGUCUGGACAUUGUCAAGUACCUUACCGACCACAGUGCCAAUAUUCAUAUAACAAACAAAUACAAUAACACUUGCCUUAUGAUUGCCGCAUAUAAAGGUCACGUAGAUGUUGUACAAUUUCUCUUAGAACUUGGUGCAAAUCCCGAUGAAAAAGCACACUGUGGAGCAACAGCUCUUCAUUUUGCAGCUGAGUGUGGCCACGUGAAAAUAGUGCAAGAACUCUUGGUUCACGGAGCAAAAAUAACAAAAAAUGAGCAUGGUAUGACUCCACUUAUAGCUGCCGCAGAAAGAACACGAAGUGAUGUGGUUGAGUAUUUAAUAUCAAGACCUGAUGUUACAAGGGAAGAAAAAGUUGAUGCGUUGGAGCUACUUGGAGCUUCCUUUGCUAGUGACAAAGACAAUUACAACAUUGAACUUGCUUACAAGUUUAUGCUGAAGGGAAUGGUAGAAAGAUACAGUGACCCAGAUGCUAUUAUUUAUAAACCUAAGGCUGAAUUGGUGGCGGCCUACGAAAGUCGUGUUGAAUGUAAGUCAAUUGAAGAACUGGAAAGCAUUCGGCUUAUUUCUGGAACCCUCCACAUGGAAAGUUUGGCCAUUAGAGAGCGUAUUCUUGGGCCUCAUAAUCCUGAGGUUCCCCAUCCUGUAAUAUUUAGAGGAGCUGUGUUUGCUGACAAUGCCCGUUUUGACAGAUGCUUACAGCUGUGGAUGCACGCUCUAAGAUUAAAACAACUUAAUAAAGUAUGCGUUAUGAAGGAUCUUCUGAGAUUUGCGCAGGUUUUUUCGCAAAUGUUGCAUGUUGGCGUGCAGUUGGAGUUUGAUGCCGUACACGAGGUGUUGGGUGCUACUGUUCUAGAACUAAAGAGAAAUCAAGAAAAGAUACAGAAUCCAGGUCCUAAAGAUGACGUAGAAACAGUUAAGGAUGAAAUGGAAAGUAACAUGAUCACAGCUCUUUACCUGAUCAUGAUUGCAAUGUGUGUGGCGAAGGGUCGUUCAACAUCUCAACAUGGUGGUGUUGCAAAUGGCGGUGUUGGAGGAAAUAAUGGUAUUGGGGGACUUAAUGGAGGCAUUGGAAUUGCGGGGUUUGCAAUUCGUAGUGUAGAUGGAGAUUCCGUGAGACAGUCUCCUCAGCACUUAAAUCAGGUCGUGGAGAAAGAAUCUCAAGUACAUCACACUGUUUAUGGCCUUGUUCGAGUUGAAGCAAGAACGCGCUCUGGACAAACCUUGCUGCAUCUUGCGGUCAAUCCAGAAACCCCAGUUGAUGACUUCCACACAAAUCAUAUUUGCAGAUUUCCGUGUGCUACAACAACAAAACUUCUGAUUGCGUGUGGUGCCGAUGUCAAUAGUAUGGACAAUAACCGCAAUACUCCACUGCACCUCAUAGUACCAUACCAGAAGCCAAUCAGUGACUUCCUAACACUGCAUAAUAUUAUCAUGGCACUUAUAGAGAAUGGAGCUCAUAUGGACACAGUCAACCAGAUGGGAGCCACACCUUUUGAUUCUGCAACAACUGGUGUGGCAGAGAUCAUUCUUAGAACUCAGAAAAAGUUGAGUCUCAAGUGUCUGGCAGCCAAGGCGGUUAAAAUUAAUGGGAUCUUGUAUAAGGGCCAAGUUCCUCGGCAUUUAGAAGCUUUUAUUGAACUACAUGGUCCAGGUCAUGUAGAUGGACUCUCUAAUAGACCCUGCAAAGGUGAACAUAGGCUAUGAAGACUCCAUGUUAUAAAUGUGUAGAUAUUUAAUUUUAUCCAUGUUAUGAAUGCUAAUUUAAAUUUAAUAUGUUAAAUUUUUUUUUUUUUUUUUUUUUUUUUUUUUUACAAACUAACCAAUAAUUAUGACAGAAGUUACCUAUAAAAUUGACUUGAGUGUUCCGGGCGAACACGAGUAAUGACGGAAGAUGUCGAGACAGUAUUACAGCACACACACUGAUGCACGGUGUUGCGUGAUGGCAGUUGAGAGACUGGUCUGUUUUGUUAUCACACUUGUACAUAUAUACCUGCAGAUAUUGGUAAUAAAGCUUUUGUGUA